AUGGUACCGUACCGAAUUCCAUCUCAGCUCCUCGUCGCCCUGCCUUCUCGUACAGCUGUCGCUUUCACUCGAUCUCCACCUGUCCCCAAUCACAGGCGAACAACUGUUGGGUGGGUCGCAUCGUUUCUCAUUGGCUCGCUCCUGGGAGGGAUUUUAACCGCAAUCAUCGUUCAUGCCGUGAGUGCAGUGCUGCUUUCCUCUCACUGCACUCCCUUCGUCUUACCUCCUCCUCCGCCUUCUCCUGCCGUAGCAACCACCACUUUCUCCUCCCCAAUCGCUUUCAUACCCACCACUGCUGCAACCGCUGCUACCUCCACUGCUCCUGCUGGUGUUUCCAUGCCCAUGUCAGCAUCUGCUGACGCUGCCAACGUGGCUGCUGAUGCUGUGGCGGCUGACGUGGCUGCUGACGUGGACGCUGCCAGCAACGCCACGUGGAGAGGUGACGUGGCAGGCGUUCAGGCGGAGGCAGAGGAGCUGCUGGUGCGAAACACGGAGCUGCGGCGUGCUCUGGGGAAGCUGCGGCAGACGGUGAUGCUGGAAGCAAGGACACGCAUGGCUCAGCUUAAGAGCAUCCUCAAGGAGAUCAAGCUGGUACAGGACCAGCGCGUGCUGACCUUCUAUGUGGACGACAGGCACCUGCCAUCACCGCCACCAGAGCUGAGGGAGAUUGCUGCACUGACUGCGAGGCGGCGGCCGGAUGUGGAUGCAAAAGAGGAGGAGCUGGUGGUGAGAGCGCAGGUGCGGGUGCUGUCUCUACGCGAGGAGAUAGAGCGAGCCGUGCACGCUGACUUGCGCUUCAGCUUCUCCCGCUGUGCUGCUGCUCUGCAGCACACCCAAGAGGCCCAGCAGGCGCACACACAAGCCAUGCAAGCAUACAUGGCAGCGCACGCCACACUCGCCCUCCGCCUCACGGCUCUAUCAGUGCUCAAGCAGCCAGGGAGCGUGGAGAAGCUGCAGCGACUGAAGGAGCAACCCAACCUCCUCUCCUCGCCUGCUGCUAGAAACGCCUUCCUUUCCUCCCUUGACCCACUUGUGCUCAAGCAGCCGGGCAGCGCGGAGAAACUCCAGCAAUUGAGGGAGCAGCCCAGCCUGCUCUCCUCGCCUGCUGCUAGAAACACCUUCUUCUCUUCCCUUGAUGCGCCUGCAGAAGUAUCACUGUGGGCGGAUAUCCUCUUCUCCGCGUCCCACUUCUCAUCCGUAUUCCUCUCUGCCGACCUCCAUCCACCAGUUAAACACCCACUGAUCCCCCUCUGCUUUCUCCCCCCCAUCCCCUUCUGCCAUCCCCCUCCCCGUGUGUCCAGCAGAAGCAUCACUGUGGUCAGACCUUCUCUUCUCUGCAUCCCAUUUCCCCUCCAUAUUCCUCUCUACUGA